AUGACGGCGCUGGCGCGACUGCCGAUUUCGCAUCUCACGCGGGACGCGUUCGAGCGCGGGAUCGUGUUCGAGCUGGUGCGCGCGGACCCGCUCCCGAAGCCGAAGCCGAAGCCGAAGGAUGAGGCGCGCGCGGAGGAAGGUGAGACGGCGGGUGACGUGGCGGGCGACGUGGCGGGCGACGUGGCGGGUGACGUGGCGGGCGACGACCGAUCGGGCGACGCCGCGGAGGCGGAGGCGGCGCCGGAAGACUCGGAUCCGGAGGCGACCGAAGCCGCGCUCCUGGAAUCCAAAUCCGUGAAACUCCUCCGCGUCGUCGGCACCGCGACGGUGCGCUUGAAAGACUUCGUCGCCGAGGCGAGCGCGGGAGCGCGAUCGAGCGGGGAGCCGAGGACGACGACGGCGAGGCUCUCGUUCCGACCGCCGAAGGUUUUAUUCGGCGACGCGAAAGUGGGUGCGGUGAAGCUCGCGUUCGAGGACGCGCCGACGCCCGAGGCGGUGGGCGAGGCGACCGCGGAGAUGACGCUGCACGCGCCGUGGCCGGAAACGCCGGCGAGCGCGAAGGGCGAGGGCGAGGGCGAGGGCGAGGACGGCGAGGCAGCCGCCGCAGCGGAGUAGAGACGACUACGGGAGUUUUGGUUUUGGGCGAUCGCGACGAAAGCGAGGGUAACCUUAUGUAGCCCUAAGUUGUUAUUACACGUGUAGUCUCUAGCUAGACGAAUAAA